UGUUAUUUGAAGUAUUAUUCUUCCAUGCGAGCAGAGAGAGUAGUGAAGAACUGAAGAUUGAAGAAAACUUCUCUCUAGGGCUUUUGAGAGAGAAACCUUCCGAUUGCGCAUCCAUCUCAGGUAUUCAUUCCGUCGAGAGAGCAGAUCGAAUCUGAAUCUAAUGGCGCCUCCUGGACCUUACUCCGGCGGUAGCACUCUUGCCCUGGUUGCUCGCGUAUCUGCGUUCUCUGUGGGUCUCGUCUAUGGCAGCUUGAAGCUCAAGUAUCUCAAGGCACAGGCCAAAUCACAGAGGAAAGCUGAAGCAAAGGCUGCUGCUAAGAAACACUGAUGGAGAGAGAUAGGAAAAGGAAGAUGUAGCUCUUUCUCCUGUUGUUUUUGCGUUCAGGACUCGAGUGGGCAGUAGGAAAUAAUCCAUAUUGACAAUGCUGUUUAUCCUUCUUUCAAUCCGGUGUUAAAUUGCCCUUUUCCCGGAACAUGGCAAUCAGCCAUCAAUGGGGUUGUCUACACCAUAUUUUUCAAUAGUUUACUGACUAUUGGAAGUUUGGAUUUUCACUUCAUUGCUGCUAUUGCCUAAUGGUACGGAUCAUCUCUGUCUGCUGACUACUUGAACCAACUGCCAAAGCAUGCAGGAAGUUUGCCUUUGACAUUGCGCAUUAUGAACAUUCUUGCAGAUGAGAACUGGAAGUGGAACCUCUAUUUCACUUAUGGUAAUGCUAAGUGGGUUGCUGCUAGGGCUUUACGUUUAUGGGCUGUGAAAAGAAAUAGAA